GGUGGAAAAAAAGUACCAGCGAAUCGGCAUAAAUAGAAGAUGGCCGAAGCGGAGGGUGUUUCUGUCCUUAUUGAAAAAUAAUAAAUCACUUAAUACCAAUUUCUACUUCUUUACUUUAGCAUCGUUAUUUAUCUACCUGUGUGUAUGUCGAAUGUAGUGUCUGAAAAUGGCAACCUCCAAGACCUUCAUACCUAUGGUCUCUGCCUCCCCUCCUCCACUGGAUGGCUUUGAUGAUGACGAGGACGAUGAUUUUGGAUCCUUUGCCAGCGCUGGUUUCUCACCAGAAAAGCCGAAGCCCGUUGCGGCCAAUGACACCCACUUCUUCCCCAUCAAAGAGGAACCGCUAGAUGUUGAACAGGACGAGGAAUUUGGCAAUUUUGCAACUUUUGAAUCAAACAACCAGACCGGCCACACACACACGAAUGGCGACGACGUCAUCAAUAGCAGCGACAGUGAUUUAGAGUUUGGAACAUUCCCAGUUUUGAAGAAACAGACAGAAAGUAUCGAUAAUGAGAAAAGCAAAACUAAUGUUAAAGCAUUCCAUAGUUUUACGAAUGGGGGGGAUCCCAACGAGGGUGACAACUCGUGGGGGGACUUUACAAAUUCUCCCGAUCGCAAGACCGAUGUUGUUAUCACUGAUAACAGCAGCGAACCAGAGAACCAAAAUUUACAAUCAAGUCAUUCAAAGAGCAAAACUUCUAAAGAUGUUCUAUCUCAGGGAACAGGGGAUAACAAGGAGACCUGUGACGAUCUGAGCAGAAACAGUGUAAACACAAAUUCCUCCAACUCUUACAGUGAUGACAAUGCCAUGGAUUUCCAUUCUCCGUUCACGUCGGAUUCACAUUCCCAGGACACUGACUCUUCCGACUUCCAGUCAUCUCAGUCUGCCAAAACAGAGAGGUCUGAGGUUUGGUCCAAAGCAAAGACCCCUGAGUUGUCCCACAGCGGAAUGGUUGAUGUCAAAAGUCAUAUAGAGGAGCCACCAAAGGCAGUCUCGCAUGAAGAAUCCAUGAAUGAACCUUUCACUGUGGAGCCAAAACAAGGCGGCGUGGGGCUCCAAACAGUCGAGGCUGAAAGUGUAAGCGAGGAUGAAUUCGGGGACUUCAACUCGGUGACUUCAGUCAACUCCCAGGAGAAACCAAACAAGAAUGUUAUAUCAUCACAGACUUCAGAUCAAAGCCACCAAUCCCAAGACUCAGACUCGCAGUGUGCCAAAUCAGAUAUUUCUCAAGGAGACUCUCAACACUCAGUUGGAGGCGGCUCAAGCAUCUCCCGAUCCCCUGAACCCCCGGCCGAUGACUGGGGAGAUUUUGACAGCGUCCCCACCAGUACUAAGGAGCCGACCACUAAGAAAUCUGAAAUUCUCGGCCCGGUGACCUCGCACGAUGAUGGCGACGAUGAUUUUAAUGACUUUGAAUCAUUUAAUGAGAAGCCAACGUCAGAGGACAACAGUACGUCCCAAACCCAGGACGACAGUAGUUUUGGUGGGUUUGGGACCUUUCACACAAGCGCUUCCUGGACGCAAGAAACCAAACCCACCGACACAAAUCAGCCACUCAAGCAGCCCACUCAGGCAACCCCAUCCACUACCUCCAAUCUCAGCAAGGAUGAUUUUGGUGACUUUGGAGCCUUUCAGGAAGGCAGUAGUACGCAAGCCGCACCCCGUGCUGCGGGGGACUUUCAGGCGUUCAGUGGAAGUCAGAACGAAGCCAAAUCUGACUUGAGCAGGUUCAGCUUGGCAUUUGACACAGUGUCAGCAUCUUCUUCACAGGCCCCGAGCAGUCGAGUGGACAGAGUAUUCAAGACGUGUUUCCCCGGCAACGGGUCCCCUCUAGCGGCUAGUCUCGUGGUGGACCUGCUGAUUGACAUUGUAGUCAAGGGACGGCAGGAGGCAGAAGACCAGUCCGCAAUCUCAGACUCUGGCAAGACUCAUGCAAGUCGACAGAAUGACAACAGCAAUGUGUGGAACUGCCUGAGGGAUCUGGAGCGAACCAAUGCGUUGGGCUACCAGUGGGCCAAGUCAGGCAACAGCAAGCAGCUACUGGGCUCGCUGGGGGUGGACUCCAGAAACAUUCUGGCCUCUAAGAAGACCGGGAUGCCCAUCUUUGCACCCAACCUAGGCAUGUUGAUGCCCAGCAAGCCCGGGGAGAAGCAGGAGAGGCCGGCCUCCUCAGGCAGCGGUCUGGUAGAGGAGAGCCCCGAGGGGGAGCCGGGAUCCACCCCUGCUGGCACACCACAGGAUGCGGUCCCUAAAGUUGAAUUUGACUGGAGCAAUAGCGGGCUCACUAACCCAUUGGAUGCCAAUGGCCUUAACCUGGAUAUCUUUAGCAAGGAAGGAAGCACCUCAGCUAAUCAUUAUGUCUCCAAAUCUAAGCAUAAGUCAGGGUGGUUUCGCCGAAAAGCGCCACCGUUGGAUCCAGAGAUCCUGAAGCUGGAGAAGUCGGGCCCUCCCCAGCCCUUACCCGCCCAGAAGAACCACAAGCCCCUGGACGACAUCCUGAAGAGCUCGGCUACCUCAAUGGUCCGGCAGCGAAGCCAGCGGGACGCCGGACUGAGCAGCGAAGCCAACCGAGUAUUAGACGGUCUACCCAGCCUGUCCUUCAUGCACGCUAAGGUGCUGAUGUUUCCCAUGCGGCCGCUAGAGGGCGGCACCACCGCUGGCAGUGCGCCGUCGCAGGGCUCCCUCUUGUGAUCAAAUGAAGGACAGGCUUAGUGUCUGACUUUGGUUUGACUAUGAAAACAAGUUGGAGUGGAGAGCUUUGGAAGGCAUUAUAAAGCCUUCCUACUUAUUAUCAGAAGACAAUUGUACAGAGCUGUGAUGCUGACGUUUAUAACGAAAUGAGAAACAACAUGUUUAUUGACUCCGUGCACAAGCACGCCCUCAAGGUUGACAAAGAGAGAGGCGAUGGAUAUUAACCCUCAUUGCUGCAGGGCAGCCAGCACCCACAUGAAGACACUACAGGUUUAGCACAGUCACAUGGAAAUGAGUUGUACGCACUCUGUGCCGACCAGUGUCUCAUAUUCUGUCGUGAACCAGUGCCGCGAACCAGUGUCACGUAUUGGAGCCUUUGGGAGUAGUCACACAGCACUGCUUGCUGUGCCUUCAGUCCAUAGACUGCUGGUUGGUUGACUGAAGUUAAUGCAGUCUGCGUCAGACAAUUGCACAGACACAUUUCCUUCAGAGCCAAGGCUGUGCAAUACCAUGAAAGUGGUUAUGUGUAUAACUCUGUGCAGAAUUGCUCAGACUCACUAUGUGAAUUUUAGUGGACAGUGUGCAGUCUUUCAAGGGUCCACAUGUGCUGCUCAGACUGCAUACCGGUUAAGGCAGGACUUUGCCUAAUGAAGUAUAAAGUAGGUUGGUUCCCAGUCUCCCCAUAAUAUGUGCAUUGGAAAAAACGGUGGAUACCAGUCAAAAAAGUUGGAGCUUUCACCUCACUGGUUCCCAUGUGCUCAUGGAGUGUAAAGUAGGUUGUCAGCGUCCCCAUAGUAUGUGCAUUGAAAAAAAAACGGUGGGCGCCAGUCAAAAGAAUUUGAGCUUUCACCUCACUAGUUGCCGUGUGUAUGGAGUAUAAAGUAGGUUGGUUCCCAGUCUCCCCAUAAUAUGUGCAUUGAAAAAAUGGUGGGUGCCAGUCAAAAAGCUAGAGCUGUAUUUAAAAUCCUUGAAAAAAAAAUUGAUUGCGACUGGAAAUGUUGCCAGUAACAUAUGAACUUACUGCAGAUGCAGAAAAUGGAUAACUUCAGUCCCGACAGGAUCAUCAUGUUCAUUGUGCAUAUCGGUCAUUUUUGGAAAACGUCGCGAAUGACUCCAGAAGACUGCUUGCCGUUGUUUCUUACGUUCACCAACGUUGGUAGCAAACAGUCGAUCCCACUUAUACAAAUGUGGCCAACGUUGAUAUUGUUCUAGGAAGUGGAACGCACCCCUGCACUGAGCUCAGAAUUGGUUUUGUAUCUUUUAGACGUAUCAACCUGUGGUGGAAGAUUAUCAAGCAUGUAGAAAGACAUGGGCUUACAUGUUUAUUUGAAAUAUAAGGGACAAGGCAAUAUUCAUUCCUUUCCAAUAGCUAUGCCACUGAUAUCUCUGGGAGAUUAUGGAUGUCUCUGAAAGAAUACAUAGAGCCCUGGGAUUGAGUACCCAACCGCACCUUAUUUUGUUAUUCAGUUGCGUUAGCCACAAUGUUGAUAGACGCCUUCUUACACCCAAGAUUUUUGUGCUUGUUAUAUUUGACGAGGCUUUGCCAUUGCGGGCGAGGCUGCUUCGCCACCUGUUGCCCACUUCGCGAGCGAGUCGCCUGCUUCCUCAUGGGCGUGUUGCCGGCUUUGCAAGUGAGUCUUCGCUUCACUGGGGAUCGCCUGCUACAUGGGUGAUCAACCGUAGCAGCCUAAUUUGCAUCAACAACUGGUUAACAUACUCGUUGCGCUUUACAGUAUAGCGAAAAUUAAAAUUAGACCUAGCUUAUACACAGUUUAAACCUAAAGUGCAAAUAUAUUUUUGUGGCAAAAGCUUAAAGUCCAUUUGAAGAACAAAUUAGCUGCGUCUCUUAGCGUUUUGAAGUUAGUAUUCAAAUCAGGUGGUUAUUCUCGUUAAUGCACGAUUUGUGCUCCAUAGUCAUGUAAGUAGCAAGGCUGCUUAGCUCAGAAUUGUUUUUUUGCUGUUCAUGACUGCAUAGAUAUACAUGUAAGGCUUUUUCACACCAUCUCUCCUACCCAGGUAGGCAAGGCAUACCAUUUACUGACUACCAAUACCAUUCGGUAUUCGCGACUAGUCGCACUAUUGGUACAGGCCUACCAUUUAGGGGCCUCGUAGCCGAAGCGGGUAGAGCAUGGAGCUAUGGAGUGGAAGGUUGGCGGUUCGAAUCCCAUUCGGACCAAAAACUGGAAAACUCUCUCUGGCGACCCAACAGUAAAAUGGGUACCUGAUUCGUUCAGGGAAGGUAAGACGGCGAGAGGAGAGGACUGGGCACCGCCACUCAUAUGCCGCGCCCAAGACACAGUGGACCUCUAACAUCCCACUGCCCCUACGGCCAGUAAUGGCUAUGGGAUCUUUACCUUUCACCUUACCUACCAUUUACACCUAACAUUGGUGUGUACACGCUUCAGCUGUAGAUUGUACAUUUUCUACCUGGGUAGAGCCUCUCCACCCUGGAUCAGACCAGGGUUGGAUUUUUUAAUGUGUGAAAGAGGUUCCUGAAAUCUCCAUGUUGGACCCGGAUCGAGCACAGAGAUUUUGGAUAGUGUGAAAGACUCUAAAGUGUACAAGUUACAUGUACACGUUCAACAUCAUGGAAAUUAAACAUAAUGCACAUUUUCUGAGGAAGUUAAACACAUUGACAUCUUGCUACCCUGAAAUUUUGAUUUUGAUUUUCCACUGAUCGCUGUAUAACCAAACACAAUCAUCUUAAGGUGUGUCUUUUUUACUUCUAACAGAGUGUUUAAAGACAAUGAGCUUUUUUGUUUACUCUCGGUUACCAGUCAGCGAAUCAUGGACAGAACUGGACUAGCAGCUUUUGUUUUUGGUAUAAUUAACAUGUAAAUUUAAAAAAGAGUAUAAACUAAUAGAAACAAUGUGCAAUCGUUUUAAAUUGCUGGUUACAUCCCAUAAAGAUGAUUACUUGAUUAUGAGAAAUGUACAUUGCUCGUUAUUUCAGUUGAAUGUAAAAAAAAUUGUAAAUAAAUAUAUGUGUAUAUGAAGGUAUUGUAGCUUAGCACACGAUUAUGGAGAGGUUUAACAUUUAAUAAUUAUCUCUGUCUUUGUUUUCAACAAAAACAAAAACUGUGUCUUUUUUUUUUUUGCAGUCCAUUAUUGGCAUAUUUGAUGCAGCUUAUAAAGGCCAUUGAAAAAAAUAAUUGUAAUUUAAAAUGAAAAAAAA